CACGUGGCGUUGACAAUCCUGCUCGUGCUUUAGAACACGCGUAGCUAACCGUAGCGGACCCACUUAGCAACAUCGCGGAAAAGAACGGCAUCAGCAUAGUUCCAGCCAUGGGCAAAGAUGUACCUAGCGUCAUCGAAGUUCGCCGGCUCCUCCUUGAAUGCUCAACCGCCAUCUCGGAAGAAUCGCCAUCCCACAAGGCGCCUUCCGCGAUUUCGCACGUCGGGCGUCCAGAGGAGGCCAAAGACGUCAACGUGUCCAGCAACCUGACCAUAGAGCACGUCCUCGCAAACCACCGAGAUCUUGAGGUAAAGCCGAGGACCAAGGGCGACGAACGCGCUGGCAACAGCUGCGUACGGCGUCGUAAGAGACCGUUCCCGAGGGCCGAGUGCAACCUGCUCGCUGAGAUGCGUGUCAGAGACACCGUGCGUCCGUGCCACACCAAGCAAGCAUUAUGCACCGUGCAACGAGCGAAGCACCAGACGGUAGCCGCAUCGAGGGACAAUGAACAGCUGCAGAUAUACAGGUCCGAGGAGCCGAUUACACAUGGCGUGGAAGAUGGCGCGAGCAAGUUUCGCCAGCUUGUGGAGCGUGGUGGAGCGGCCUCUCCCGUGUACAGCCUCGGCGUCUUGGGCUGCAACCCGCACAUCCACCUGCGUGACACGCUGCCGUGCGUGUUGAAGAAGCCGAACUCCAUCAAGGCUUAGGGCAACAGUGACACCAACGGCGUGGCGACUCCAACCAGCUGGCUUCGGAGGCUACACGCGAGGUUCCUCCCGCCCCGAGCAGACGGCCGUUCGGCGAAGCACGCACGUAACGGCGCAUAAGAACGCCGGGAUUCGCUGGUCGUUUCCCGCAGCUUCACACUUGCGGCUGCCAUCUUCUCGGCAGCACCCUGUCCUGACUGUUGCUGCAGAACAACUCGAGGCUCUCUAGGCGGCCUUACUGUGACCUCAGCUAAGUUCGUCUUAAGCUGAAGAGGGGACGGUGCGGUCGCUGCUGACCACGUGACAGACGACUUUCACAUGGACUCCCUCUGGUGGCAGCGUGUGCUCACUAGGCGUGUGUGGUAGCGGAUUGAGGGGCCCGCUACGUUGAUGUUACCCGUCUACUUGGGUAAGCCUCGCCGGGCAAAUCCCUAGUAAACGCUGCGAGCUAGUCUCCGCGGUUUCCAUCUCUGUGACGGUCGUACGGCUAAAACGGACGAUACUAGCGACGAGCGCCAGCAGUUUUCUUCUGUAAAUUUUUUGACUUUUUCAAUUUAUUUGUGUGAAUGUAGUAUCGUUAUAUGUGUUUUAAAUACAGUAUGUUUUGAUUGAA